AUGAAUCUGUGUUUGAAGCUGCAGAGCCCCGAGGAUUACAAGAUCUUUGCCGCGGGCUUCCCCUACGGAAAGCUUGGGAUGGACCUUUUGGACCCAUGCAAGAGCUAUCACCAUCAUCUAGCUGCCAGUGCGCUGUCGACUCCAUCACACGACAUCAGUCAAUGCCGCAGUGUCCACAUUCACACCCCAAACGAAGCAGCUAUUAGAUUGGCAUUGAACAUCUUGAAUGCUUUGCCAAGCCAGGACGUAUGUGACAGACUCCUCGACCGCUACGUCGUGUUCGAGGAUCUUAUAACGCAUAAGCCAACCCUGACGUUUGCUCACAAAUCGCUGCGGGACACGUAUGGUCCGUAUCUCACAGCACCCAAAGACCCCAAAAAGCCUUCGUUCGUCUCGGAGAAAAUGUGCCGCAAUGCUUUCUGUCUGCCAGGAGACAGUCCCACUAAAAAUCGACACACUUGGCUCGUUUCUUUUACAGGUGAUAAUUUCCGAUGGGAGAUAUUGGGAAUGCUGGUUGCUCUUUUUGGUCUUGCAGCCAUAUCAUUGCCCGAUUGGGACCCGCUGCUGACAUCUCAAGAUGAAUCGCGCAAUGACAGGAGAAAGUUUGCAUGUGACUUUCCGAUAGACAAUGAUACCGACUGGCUCGACUGGCUCAACAAUGCCGACUGGACUAAGGGAUCAAUGGGAGAUUUUGGCUGA